AUGGAUCAGCCUAAGGGAAUCAGCAUCGCCAUUGAUCGAGGCGGGACUUUUACAGAUUGUGUGGGCAACCCAGGAACUGGGCGCUUGGAAGAUGACAUUGUUAUCAAGCUACUAUCCGAAGAUCCCUCUAACUAUCAGGAUGCGCCGCUGGAAGGCAUUCGGCGCAUACUCUCCCGGUUUACGGGCCGCGAAAUCGCCCGCGGCGAGCCUAUCGACACAUCCCCCAUCCAGAGCAUUCGCAUGGGCACCACCGUGGCCACGAAUGCUUUGUUGGAGCGUAAAGGCGAGAGGAUUGCGCUGGUGGUCAGCAAGGGCUUCAAAGACUGCCUUCAGAUUGGCAAUCAGUCCCGGCCCAAGAUAUUUGCCCUGGGAAUCAGACGGCCCGAGGUGCUCUAUGAAGAGGUCAUCGAGAUAGAUGAGCGCGUGACUCUGGAGGAUUAUGCAGAAGAUCCCGAACGCAAUGUCACAGCGACAGUCCCUCGGGAACAGACGGCCCCAAAAGCCGACAUUGUCCGGGGCUUGUCCUCCGAAGCAGUCCGCAUUUUGAAACGGCCGUCAGAGAGCACGGUGAGAUCUCAGCUGCAGCGAGUGUAUGACAAUGGAUUCCGCAGUAUCGCCGUUUGUCUCAUGCAUGGGUACACUUUUCCUGACCAUGAGGCGCUGGUGGGGAGAAUUGCUACCGAGAUAGGCUUCCAACAUGUUAGCCUGAGCCAUCAGCUCAUGCCAAUGAUCAAACUGAUCCCGCGAGCAACUUCAGCAUGUGCCGAUGCAUAUCUGACUCCAACUAUCAAGAAGUAUAUUGCUGGGUUCCAAGCGGGCUUUGAGGGCGGGCUGGGAACCGAGAGUGUGAAGCGACUGGAAGGUGCCCGAGGUGCACGCUGCGAAUUCAUGCAGUCAGACGGUGGUUUAGUAGACGUGGACCAGUUUUCGGGCCUGCGAGCCAUCCUCUCCGGUCCAGCGGGUGGCGUGGUUGGAUAUGCAUUGACUUCAUAUGAUCCGGUGUCCAAGAUCCCCGUUAUUGGUUUUGAUAUGGGUGGUACCAGUACAGAUGUCAGCAGAUACGGAUCUGGUCGAUACGAACAUGUGUUUGAGACAACUACUGCCGGAGUGACCAUACAAUCCCCCCAGCUCGAUAUCAACACUGUGGCGGCAGGAGGCGGCUCUAGGCUCUUUUACCGCAAUGGCCUCUUUGUAGUGGGCCCGGAAUCAGCAGGCGCACAUCCAGGACCGGCGUGUUAUCGCAAAGGCGGGCCGCUGACGGUGACAGAUGCGAACCUCUUCCUCGGUCGACUAGUCCCUGAUUUCUUUCCCAAGAUAUUUGGCCGCAAUGAAAACCAGGGGUUGGACGAGCACGCGAGUCGGCAUUUAUUCGAGAAACUGACAAAAGAGAUCAAUCGUGAAUUAGCCAAGGGAGGGCAGGAUAGAGAAAUGAGUCCCGAUGAGGUUGCCUUCGGCUUCAUCAAAGUCGCCAAUGAGACAAUGACUCGCCCGAUUCGGUCUCUGACAGAAGCAAAGGGACAUGAUACCUCGAAACACCGACUAGCUACGUUUGGAGGUGCCGGUGGCCAGCAUGCAGUGGCUAUUGCCGAGAGUCUGGGGAUUCGACAAAUCCUAAUUCACCGAUAUUCGUCUGUACUUUCUGCAUAUGGAAUGGCUCUGGCCGACGUGGUUGAUGAGAACCAAGAGCCAGAGUCUAAAAUAUGGGUUGAGGAUGACCAGACGGUUCGGCAAGAGCUCAGACGCAAGAUGGAAGAUUUGAAGCAAAAAUCCAAACAAAGGCUACAUGACCAAGGAUUUGACGACGACUCCAUAGUAUUCGAAGAAUAUCUCAACAUGAGAUACCGCGGGACAGAAUCCUCGCUCAUGAUAGUCAACCCCAGCAAAGAAGAAGCGGGUCUUCACUAUGGUGCCGAUGAUUGGGCUUUUGGAAAAGCGUUUAUCGAGCAUCAUGAGCAAGAAUUCGGCUUUACCCUCCCUGAUCGAGACAUCAUCGUGGAUGAUGUACGGGUUCGGGGAAUCGGGAAGAGCUUCCAAAUGUCUGAGAAGACCGUGGAUCAGCAACUCCAGGAGUCUCGACCCAAGGACGUAGUAGAGGGAGCACAUCGCAUGUCUCGGGUGUACUUCGAAAACGGCCGCCAUGAAACCCCAAUUUACAAGCUGGAUGAAUUGAAGAUCGAUGAUCGGGUGACAGGACCAGCGAUUCUGGCUGAUGAUACGCAGACAAUCGUCGUGCCACCAGGUGCCACGGCACUCUUGACAAAGACCCAUGUUGUCAUCAACAUAGGGGAGGCCGACGGCAAAAGCACCAGAAUAGAUACAGCCACCGUGGACCCUAUUAUGCUGAGUGUCUUCUCCCAUCGUUUUAUGGCCAUUGCUGAACAAAUGGGUCGUGCAUUGCAGAAAACAAGUGUGAGCACGAACGUCAAAGAACGUCUUGACUAUUCGUGUGCCUUGUUCGACGCCGACGGCGGGCUCGUUGCGAAUGCACCACAUCUGCCUGUCCAUCUUGGCAGCAUGUCCACUUGUGUCCGUAUUCAGGCCCGCAUCUGGCAGGGCAAGUUGAAGCCCGGCGAUGUCCUUGUGUCCAACCACCCCGAAUUUGGUGGAACACAUCUUCCCGAUAUCACCGUCCUCCAGCCUGCUUUCAGCAAGGGGAAGAUCAUCUUCUACGUGGCGUCUCGCGCACAUCAUGCUGAUAUUGGGGGCAUUCUUCCGGGCUCCAUGCCGCCUCAUUCUAAAGAGCUGUACCAGGAAGGUGCGGCAAUCAAAAGCGAGAAACUGGUUUCAGAGGGCCGAUUCAACGAAGAACGGAUCACUGAGCUUCUUUACAAUGAACCGGCUAAAUACCCCGACUGCAGUGGUACUCGCUGCCUGCCGGAUAAUCUGAAUGACCUCAAGGCCCAAAUUGCUGCAAACAAGAAAGGUAUUAACUUGAUCAGUGCUCUGAUCGAGGAAUACGGCGAAGAGGUCGUCUUGUUCUACAUGCGGCACAUUCAAGACAAUGCAGAGCUUAGUGUGCGCAACCUGCUAAAAGAGGUCAGCAAGAAGUUCUCCGGUCGAGACCUCCGGGCCAUUGACUAUAUGGACGACGGAAGCCCUAUCCAACUGAAGAUCUCCGUCAAUGGGGAUAGUGGCGAGGCUGUUUUCGAUUUUGAUGGAACAGGGCCCGAGGUGUACGGCAAUAUCAACGCCCCUGAGGCUGUCACUUACUCCGCCAUCAUCUAUUGCCUGCGGUGUCUGAUAUCUGCGGACAUUCCUCUAAAUCAGGGCUGUUUGAAGCCAAUCAACGUUCGAAUCCCCCCAAAUUCUCUCUUGUCACCAUCCGAAUCAGCCGCAGUGGUGGGCGGCAACGUUCUCACGAGUCAACGCGUAACUGAUGUCAUUUUGAGAUGCUUCUACGCCUGUGCAGCUUCACAGGGCGAUACAAAUAACCUGACCUUCGGAUUUGGCGGCAAUAUGCAUGGGAAAACAGAGACUAAAGGGUUUGGAUACUAUGAAACGAUCGCUGGAGGCAGCGGGGCCGGGCCGAACUGGGUAGGUACCUCAGGCGUUCACACGCAUAUGACCAACACACGAAUCACCGAUGCCGAAGUGUUCGAGAGGAGGUAUCCUGUCUUGCUUCGGGAGUUCAGCCUACGGCCCAACUCAGGGGGAAGCGGCCUGCAUCGCGGCGGUGAUGGAGUGAUUCGGGACAUCGAGUUCCGGAUCCCAGUGCAGGUAUCGAUUCUUUCCGAGCGAAGAGUUUACCACCCUUACGGGCUAGCAGGUGGUGGGGAUGCUCAGUGUGGUCAGAAUAUCUGGGUCCGCAGAAUACCUAAAUCUGAUGGAGGCUGGGAGGAGAGACACAUCAAUCUGGGAGGGAAGAACUCGGCCCAGAUGCAGCCAGGGGAACGGAUCAUCAUCCGCACCCCGGGAGGGGGCGGUUGGGGUCGGCCUGGAGAUCAGAGCGACCUUCGUGAUGAGCGAGAUGCACGUCAUCCUUGGCAUGGUGGCUCCAUUGCAAACCGCACAGCGACUCAAGAGGCCAGCAUGUGA